AUGAAGAAGAAUCUGUGCAGCUUGGCUGAAUUGGGCAUUUGGUGUCAAGAGUGGGACACAUUUCUAUUGAAUUUGACGUUCUAUCUGGAAAAGUCAGCAAUAGCAUUACCCAUUUCUUUGCAUGAUAAGAAGCUGUUUAAUGGGUGGGUUUCUCAGUUAUGGAAAGCACUCGUCCUCAACUACGGUGAAGAGUGGAGUGGCUUGUAG